AUGCGAUCGGGUACCAUCUCUAUGGUACCUGGAUACUACCGGAGAGGUAUCGCGAUGCUACCGGGUAUGACAUCUGAUGAGCGCAUGCUUUCUGGUACCAUGAAACUAGCUAAUGAGUAGCUACCCGCUAGCUACCUCACGAGCGGUAGCUACUUGCAUCGACCUCCAGAUUCACCUUUGUCUAAAAUCAGUUCUUUUAACUUUCCAUAUGCUUUUCGUUUUAAUUUAGAUGUUCAACUUGAUAAUCAUAUCCUUGAAAAAGUUCCUUUUUUCCGACGAAGAAGAUCUGCUGAUUUUUUUCAGAACCAAACUUCACAGAUAAUAUUUUCUCGGACUUGUUGAUGGCCAAGAAGCACAUUUCUUGAAUUGGUUUGAAAAAAAAGAUAAGAAGCUUCUGUCACAAAAAGGCAGCUAACGGACACUAUAAUCACAUUCAACUGAUAAGAAACCUCGAAAUGUAUAAAAAGGCAGCUAUCAAAGAGAUGAAUGUUCUGCUUCCACCGCAGUCCACCCAUUUCUCAUGGUGCGUUUUUCAGACUUCAAUCGUUUGAAAAUUCCGAAUUUUUUCAGAAGUCUGCCGUCGUGUUGGCCUUGGCCGGCCUUGUUGCCGUGAACGCGUACACUGUUCAAAUGAAACAUGGUCAGGAAAAAUGUCAAAUAUCUUUUGAACGGAUUUAUUUGCAGCUGACGCAAUUCCGGUCGAGGCGCAAAAGCUAGAAGGCCUCGAGCUGAUCAACUACGUCAACAGCAAGCAGAGCUUGUUCACGGUCAAGCUCUCCGACCACUUCGCACACUACCCCGACCUCAUCAAGAAGCAGCUCAUGGGAGUUAAGAACACCCAAGUUUCGGACCUCGACCGCGUGAGUCAACGGCGGCUUUCUACUUAAAAAACCAUCAAUCCAGAUGAACGAAAUGACGCAUCCGGAAAUCGACGACUCCACGAUUCCAGAAUCUUUCGACUCGCGAACCCAAUGGCCCAACUGUCCUUCUAUCCAGAAGAUUCGCGAUCAGUCCUCGUGCGGCUCCUGCUGGGCCGUCUCCGCCGCAGAAGCCAUCUCAGACCGAAUCUGCAUCGCUUCCAACGGCGCCACCCAGCUUUCCAUCUCGGCCGACGACAUUCUUUCUUGCUGCGGAAUGAUCUGCGGAAACGGGUCAGUUCUUCAGAUUUCCGUUUUUUGGCGUUAGUUAAGAGAAAAUAAGGUAGUAGGAUAACCGCCUUUCAGUUGUCAAGGAGGUUAUCCGAUCGAAGCCUGGCGCCAUUGGGUCAAGCAGGGCUAUGUCACGGGCGGUAACUUCACCGAGAAGAGCGGCUGCAAGCCUUACCCAUACGCGCCUUGCGAGCAUCACAACAACGCCACUCACUACCAGCCGUGCCCCAGCAAUAUCUAUCCCACCAACAAAUGCGAACACAAGUGCCAGGCCGGCUACUCCCUCACCUACGACCAGGACAAGCACUUCGGUCAGUAGUACUUCCAUGUUCUGAACAAUCGUACUCAUUAAGAGGAACUUUUUGAAUUCAAACAUUCUUUCUUUCUCAAAGUAUUUGAAAGAAACGAAGAAACGAACUUCUUCUAAGCUUUAUUAAAAUUCUGUUUAUCUUUUUUAUAUUGAGAAUACGAUUAGGAAAGUGUGACGAACAAUCGUAUUCAUUGAGCGUCAUUGAAAUCUACACAAAACAAGAAACUUUAUCUCUGAAACUUUUUGUUCUCUAUUCAAAAACUAUUAAACGCGAUCAGAUUAUUUCAAAGACUUGCAGUUUUUGAAAACUCCUCAAGUAGAUAAAUAGAGAAAGUAUUGCAAACAGAUUUGGGAAAUACCCAAGAGACCUUUUUGGAAACGUGAUAACAGACAGUUUCUGAAUUAUCAGCCUUUGAGCUCAUUGAGCCCUGAUCGUACAAAUCACGUGUCGUUUUUUUUUUUGCAACAAUUGAAGCUUUCCGUUUCUUAUCUCCGCCAUUGACGUCCAUUCGCUACCAUACCAUUCCAUGAAUCAAGCCCUUUUUAUGCUGAAAAAGAUAACAUAGAAGUAAGGCAGCAAAAAAUCAGAAACUGUAGUUUUGAAUAACUGAUAAGAAUUGAUGCUGAUCAUGAGAUAGUGAGUUAAUGAUGUACCGUAGCGGACAUAUUAAUGUGAUUUAUUUUACAGGAAAGAGCGCUUAUGCCGUGUCGAGAAAGGUUGCUGAGAUCCAGAAAGAAAUCCUGACCAAUGGACCCGUCGAAGUCGCCUUCACUGUUUACGCCGACUUCGAGGCUUACACCGGUGGCGUCUACGUUGUAAGUUCAGGAAAAUAUUGUUAAAGGUUUUGAGAUCCAAAAACAUUGUUCCUAUUCUUUCAAUUCGAAAAAAAAACCUUCGUAGCACACGGCCGGAGACCAGCUCGGAGGACACGCCGUCAAGAUGAUCGGAUGGGGAGUCGACAACGGAACUCCAUACUGGCUCUGCGCCAACUCCUGGAACACCGACUGGGGAGAGAAAGGUACUACCAGAAGUGUCCAUUUCAUGAUUGGAACUGUCAUUCAGGCUACUUCCGAAUCAUCCGUGGCGUCAACGAGUGCGGAAUCGAAGGCGGCGUCGUCGGUGGACUUCCCAAGUAA